UGGAAGUAAUGUUACGUCGCCAGGCACGUUUGAGACGAGAAUAUCUGCAUAGAAAGGCAAUCGAAGGAAAGAAACGAAAAAUUCAAGACAAGAAAGAUAGGUUAAAACUAUGUUUGGAAGAAAACCUCACAAUACACACGGAUUUGAGACGGAAUGCGUUGGUUCUUCAGAAAAAAUUAGAAUGGGAAGACAGAGGGCCAGAACUUGCUGUUGCGUUAGGUACAGAAGCAGGCGGAGGCGGUGGUAAACAUGAAGAUGAUGAGUACAGAUGGGCAGGUGUUGAAGAUCCAAAAAUAAUGAUAACAACUUCACGUGAUCCAUCAUCUCGCCUUAAAAUGUUUGUGAAGGAGCUCCGGCUGAUAUUUCCCAACUCCCAGCGCAUGAAUCGUGGAAAUUAUGAAAUGAAACAGCUUCUCCAUGCUUGCAGUGCUAAUAAUGUGACAGAUUUUAUUGUUGUUCAUGAACAUCGUGGUGUUCCAGAUAGUUUCAUUGUGUGUCAUCUCCCAUAUGGACCAACUGCCUACUUCACUAUGACUGAUGUUGUUAUGAGGCAUGACAUACCUGACAUUGGCACUAUGUCUGAACAGUAUCCACAUCUUAUUUUCCACAACUUCAAAACUGCCCUUGGUAAUCGCGUUUCAGAUAUACUGAAAUAUUUGUUUCCUGUACCUAAGGAGGAUAGUCGGCGAGUCAUCACCUUUGCUAAUCAUGAUGAUUACAUCUCAUUUCGACAUCACACAUACAAGAAAAUAAAUGGAAAGGAUGUUGAGUUAUCUGAAGUUGGGCCACGAUUCCAGUUAAAAUUGUAUGAAAUAAAGCUAGGAACAUUGGACCAUGCAGAUGCAGCUGAUACUGAAUGGGCAUUGCGACCAUAUAUGAACACAACCGCAAAACGAAGAUUCUUGUCAGAUGAAGAUGGUUGGAACCAAGAUGAUGAUGUAUAAUAAAUGAGAAUUAGACAUUCCUUCAAAAUUAUUAUAUACUUCGGUAAAUAAGUUCACACUUGACUAAAAGAAAUAAAAGGGUAUUUGCACAGUUAAUUAUGAAUGUGUAGUAUUCCUUGUGUUGUUUGUUUGCACAACAUAUGGCCAAUUAUACACUGAUAUUCUACAUGUUGCAAAAGUGCCAAAUGUUACUAAAUAUAUGACAGGUGCUGUGGGUUUCUCAAGGUUGCAUAAUAAUAAUUUAUUGGUGCCUUAACCUCUUCUAUAGCUGUGGAAUUGCAUUUAUGGCACAGGAUAUAUCAAAAGUAUUUAUCAUCAGCUAUUUAAUACAGCUUAUGAACAAAUGUAAUACAUUCUUGUGUGCUUAA